GAACUAGCUUUCGUCACUUCCUCAGCCUGCCCACUCUCCAGGCCGGAACUCAGGGGCCAGGAACCUGGGUGAGCACUGACUCGUCCUUAGAGUUCCAGGAGUGGGGCCAGCCGGGCAGCUGGAGUCGAGGCCACGCCACCUGCAAGGAAGAACCCAGGCCGAGGCGGGAAGAUGGCUUCAGACAAGCCUGCAGGUUCUGUGGCUUCUCAGCAGCUGAUCAGCCAGCAGCUCUCACACCCUGAGUUGUGCGUCACCCAAAUCAUAAAGGGAUGAGUGUCCCAGAGUAGAUGGGGCAUCGACCAAAGUUAAAAAUUGAAGGGGGAGUGGAAGGGUCACAAGAUCAGGGAGCAGAGAAACAUGAAGGGACAGGUCAGCCCUCUGGAAUCACCGACCAGGAGAAGGAGCUGUCCACCAAUGCCUUCCAAGCUUUCACGGCUGGAAAUUAUGAUGCCUGCCUUCAACAUCUUGCCUGCCUACAAGACAUAAACAAAGACGAUUAUAAAAUAAUUUUAAAUACAGCAAUAGCUGAGUUUUUUAAAAGUAACCAAACAACAACAGAUAGUUUGAGACAAACACUUAACCAGCUGAAGAAUCAGGUCCACUCAGCUGUUGAAGAAAUGGAUGGAUUAGAUGAUGUUGAAAACAGCAUGUUGUAUUACAAUCAAGCAGUCAUUCUUUAUCAUUUGCGGCAGUAUACGGAAGCCAUAUCAGUUGGUGAAAAACUUUAUCAGUUCAUAGAACCUUUUGAGGAAAAAUUUGCACAAGCGGUGUGUUUUUUACUUGUAGACCUGUAUAUAUUAACUUACCAAGCUGAGAAAGCUUUGCAUCUUCUUGCUGUCCUAGAAAAAAUGAUUUCACAGGGUAACAAUAACAAAAAUGGAAAGAAUGAGACGGGUAAUAACACCAACAAAGACGGAUCCAAUCAUAAAGCUGAAAGUGGAGCUCUAAUAGAAGCUGCAAAAUCAAAGAUACACCAGUACAAAGUAAGAGCGUACAUCCAAAUGAAGUCUCUGAAAGCGUGCAAAAGGGAGAUCAAGUCUGUCAUGAACACAGCUGGAAAUUCUGCACCUUCUCUGUUUCUUAAAAGCAAUUUUGAGUACCUAAGAGGCAAUUACCGGAAAGCUGUGAAGCUAUUAAAUAGUUCAAACAUUGCUGAGCAUCCAGGAUUCAUGAAAACAGGCGAAUGCUUGCGAUGUAUGUUCUGGAAUAAUCUUGGUUGCAUCCAUUUUGCCAUGAGCAAGCACAAUUUGGGGAUUUUCUACUUCAAAAAAGCUCUGCAGGAGAAUGACAAUGUCUGUGCACAGCUCAGUGCCGGCAGCACUGAUCCAGGCAAAAAGUUCUCAGGAAGACCCAUGUGUACAUUACUAACCAACAAGAGGUACGAGUUGCUCUAUAACUGUGGGAUUCAGCUGCUUCACAUCGGAAGGCCUCUUGCCGCCUUCGAGUGCCUGAUUGAAGCCGUUCAGGUUUAUCACGCCAAUCCCCGCCUCUGGCUUCGGCUGGCUGAAUGCUGCAUUGCUGCCAAUAAGGGGACUUCUGAACAAGAAACAAAAGGCCUUCCCAGUAAAAAAGGAAUUGUGCAGUCUAUCGUUGGCCAAGGCUACCAUCGCAAAAUAGUUCUGGCGUCCCAGUCCAUACAGAACACCGUGUACAAUGACGGGCAGUCCUCAGCCAUCCCUGUAGCCAGUAUGGAGUUUGCAGCCAUCUGUCUCAGAAAUGCCUUGCUGCUGUUACCUGAAGAACAGCAAGAUCCGAAGCAGGAGAAUGGGUCUAAAAACAGCAGUCAGUUAGGCGGGAACCCUGAGAGCAGCGAAAGCAGUGAAACUUGCAGUAAAAGCCAUGAUGGUGAUAAAUUCAUUCCAGCUCCACCUUCUUCUCCGUUAAGAAAACAGGAAUUAGAGAACUUAAAAUGCUCCAUCCUGGCCUGCAGUGCUUAUGUGGCUCUGGCUCUGGGCGAUAACCUCAUGGCUUUGAAUCACGCAGAUAAACUUCUUCAGCAGCCCAAGCUGUCAGGCUCUCUUAAGUUUUUGGGUCAUUUAUAUGCUGCAGAAGCCCUCAUCUCUCUGGACAGAAUAUCUGAUGCCAUUACUCACUUGAACCCGGAGAAUGUCACUGAUGUCUCCUUAGGGAUCUCUUCAAAUGAGCAGGACCAAGGAUCGGACAAAGGAGAAAAUGAAGCAAUGGAGUCCUCUGGGAAGCGGGCCCCUCAGUGCUACCCCAGUUCCGUCAACUCUGCCAGGACCGUGAUGCUCUUUAACCUUGGCAGCGCCUACUGCCUGAGGAGCGAGUAUGACAAAGCCCGCAAGUGUCUGCACCAGGCAGCUUCCAUGAUCCAUCCUAAAGAGGUGCCCCCUGAAGCCAUCUUACUGGCCGUCUACCUCGAACUGCAGAAUGGUAACACCCAGCUAGCCUUACAGAUCAUCAAAAGGAAUCAGCUGCUCCCUACAGUGAAAACACUCUCGGAGAUGAGAAAGAAGCCAGUGUUUCAGCCCGUCCACCCGAUCCAGCCCAUCCAAAUGCCGGCUUUCACUGUACAGCGGAAGUGACAUUUUGCUCUUGGAAAACUACUACCUGAGACCCAGGGGAAUAUCUAUGGGCCUUUUUAGUUGUAUCGCAGCAAAAUGAAUAAAAGACAGAUGGUGAAGGGUGCGAGUCUAAAGAUACCAUUUGAAAUGAUUCUAACCCCUGAUUAUUUUUGCCAGAAAGUUACUUAAAAUUAAGGAUUCACAAAUUAAUUUUCAUCUGUUUUUCUUUAAUCUUUGGAGCGAUUAUGUAAUGUCUGUGUCAUAGGCAAUUAAAUCAUGGUCUUAUCAGAACA